AUGGUACUGUGGCAGGCUGAAGCUCUAGCCGAAUGGAAUUUACGAGAACAAAAUAAUAAUGCAAGGGCCGCUUAUUAUGGUACAAGUCGCAAACAUUUAGGAUCACGUUUACGAGAUCCACUUUUACUUACAACCGUACAGAAUUGCUAUGAUGAAUAUAUACGCCGUCAUAUUGAAGACAAGAAUCACCCCGAUCAUAUCAAUAAUGAAAGAAAACAGCGUAAUCUUAACAAAAAUUUAUCUAAAUUUUUGAAACAAUUUACAUUCAAUUCUCUUACUCGUCAAGACGACUUAUCAGAUGAUACUAAAAUUUUAGAACAUCGACCCAACAAACACGAUUCAACUCGAUUUACUAAUACAAUUUCCAACAAUUUAUCACAUCCUAACAAACGUCCUCGUCCUUCUACUGAUACAUUAGACAACUCCACAGUAGCUGGACCGUCAACUAAUUCAGAAAAAUUUUUUAUUUAUAUGUAAUUUUUAUACAUUAGGAGUUAAAUACCCUUAUCAAGUAGUUUAAUCUACAUUUUAUUUCACUUAAUUUUUUUUAUAUAUAUUUUAACAAAAAACAACUUAAAAUAGUGUGAAACAUUCCACUUCUUACAGUAUUUACAAGUGGCGACCUUGGUCGAAAGAAAAAUACGGAUUCUUAUUUUUUAGUUUGAAUUGUUUUUAGGUUCUCUCGUUACGGAUGGGUCUUUAGGUUUUUUUUUUUUCUUUUCCCCAUUCGAAGUAUUAGCGUAGUUCUAGUAGUUUGAAUAGUAUUGUUCGAAGGGUGGGGUCCCGUAGGGGAUUAAUUUCCAAAAUUCUAUACACG